CCUAUCCCCUCACGGCUUAAUUGAAAUAACGAUGUGCGGAGGGACAGAUGCAGGUGUUCCACGGUCAUAAUUAAACGAAAACAAGCUCCGCCCAUGUGGAAAGUGUAAACGGCGCUCAUGAGUUAAAUGUACACCUGAAAUCCGACGCAUUGGCUAUUUAAAGCUGUAACCUGUUACCAAAGAUGAACAGCAGUGGACAAGCAUAUCCCCUCGCUUCUCUGUAUGUGGGGGACCUGCAUCCUGAUGUUACAGAGGCCAUGCUCUACCAGAAAUUUUCUCCUGCUGGACCCAUCAUGUCAAUCCGUGUGUGCCGCGACAUCAUCACACGCAGAUCUCUGGGAUAUGCCUACAUUAACUUCCAGCAACCAGCUGAUGCGGAGUGCGCCCUGGAUACAAUGAACUACGACGUUAUCAAGGGGCGGCCUAUCCGAAUAAUGUGGUCUCAGCGUGACCCGGGACUCAGGAAGUCUGGUGUGGGAAACAUCUUCAUCAAGAACAUGGAUGAAUCUAUUGACAACAAGGCACUGUAUGACACCUUCUCAGCCUUUGGCAAUAUCUUGUCCUGCAAGGUUGUUUGUGAUGAGAAAGGAUCCAAAGGCUAUGGCUUUGUUCACUUUGAGACUCAUGAGGCUGCAAACCGGGCCAUCGACACCAUGAACGGGAUGCUGCUGAAUGAUAGGAAAGUUGGAGGGACAGGUAAUCAGUUGGAACCUGGCUUUGUCAACCCAAAGGCCCAUUUCCUGGGGGAAAAAUGUCAGUUGUCCCUUAUUAGUUUUGUUGGCCACUUUAAAUCCCGCAAGGAAAGAGAGGUGGAGUUUGGCACCAAAGCUAUGAAGUUUACCAAUGUCUACAUCAAAAACUUUGGUGAAGACUACACUGAUGAGAAACUCAAGGAAGUCUUUUCUGUAUUUGGGAGGACUCUCAGUGUGCGAGUGAUGAAGGACGAGAGGGGUCGUUCACGAGGAUUUGGCUUUGUAAACUAUGCUAACCACGAGGAUGCUCAGAAGGCAGUUGAUGAAAUGAAUGGAAAGGAUAUCAAUGGGAAAAUCAUCUAUGUAGGCCGGGCUCAGAAGCGUCUGGAGCGCCAGGGAGAGCUCAAGCGCAAGUUUGACCAGAUCAAACAGGACCGCAUCCAACGCUAUCAGGGGGUGAAUCUGUAUGUGAAGAACUUGGACGAUAGCAUAGAUGACGAGAGACUCCGGAAGGAGUUUGCCCCUUAUGGCACCAUCACAAGUGCCAAGAUUGGCAGACAUUUUUCAAUACUUAUGGCUCACAAAGUCAAGUCCCCUUCAGCUUUUUGUCUUCAGGCUUUCAGGUUUCAAGUCAUGACAGAUGGCUCCCAAAGCAAGGGCUUUGGCUUUGUCUGUUUCUCUUCACCCGAGGAAGCAACAAAAGCAGUAACUGAAAUGAACGGGAGAAUUGUUGCAACCAAGCCACUGUAUGUGGCUCUGGCUCAGCGAAGGGAGGAGCGUAAAGCCAUCCUGACCAAUAAAUACAUGCAGAGACUUGCUACCUUGAGGAGCAUGACAAGUCCGAUCAUUGACUCCUACCAGCAGGCUGGAUACUACAUGACUGUACCACAGCCUCCCACUCGCUCCUUCUACAACCACAAUGCUGUCAGCAACAUGAGACCAGUCCCUCGUUGGACAGGACAACCACCGAGACUACAGGGCCCCUACACAACCCAGUUCGUUGGUAGUUCUGUUCCUCGACGUGGAACGAACCCUAUCGCUACAGUCAGACAGGCUUCCACCCAGGCUCCACGCAUCAUAAGCUCCACACAAAAGACAAAUAACAUCGGGACCCAGACUGUAGGAGGGCGUACUGACAUGCCUGGUGGGACCAGAAGCAGCCAGUACAAGUACGCGUCUGCAGUAAGAAACGUCCAGCAGGUCAUUACUAUACCUGCACCCAUGACAAGAAUGCAGGUUGUUCCUGCACCUAUGAUGGAGCAGCUGGUGCACAUUCAAGCCCAAGAGCCGCUCACUGCCUCAAUGUUGGCUGCAGCUCCUCUCAUGGAUCAGAAACAGCUUCUUGGGGAGCGAUUGUACCCACUGAUCCAUGCCCUUCACCCAAACUUGGCUGGAAAAAUCACUGGGAUGCUGCUGGAGAUAGACAACACGGAGCUGCUGCACAUGCUGGACUCGCCCGAGUCUCUUCAGUCUAAGGUGGAUGAGGCGAUCGCUGUCCUGCAGGCUCACCAGGUGAAGGAAUGCUCUCCUAAAAAGUGAAGAGCCCUUUCAGGUUGGACAGCUGAAGGCAGUGUGUGGCCAGCGGCUGUGAUGGGAGGUUCAAGGCUUGGCUUGGAGCUGGAGUUGGAACAGCUGAAACAAGAUGUGUCACUUACUUUCCCAAUAAAUAAAAUCACUCACAAGAAAUGUUCUCCGUCAUCUAAAGCCUCACCUGGUGGAGCAGCGAUGUUUCCAAAGGGUAUGGACCCAGUCAUCUGUAGAGCCUGCUGAGCAGCAGGAGGAAUCUUUAGACCAGUUCCUGUGGACGGACAGAGAAAUUAGUUGUGUAUUUAAAAAAUAAAAUUUACAUCUUGGGAAAUGGGCCAAAAAUAA